CUUUUGCACUUUGCAGGCCAUGGCGAGCUCCGCUCCGCACGAACCAUUCUCUGUUGGGUAAUUAACCGUUUGAACGUUAUUCUGCCCAUCAUAAUCAUUGUUGCUGGGGCGGUCACCCUUCUAGCUGCAUCUUAGUAGGCCUGGACUAUUGCUGCUGCUGUUCGGUCUUACUCUUUAAAUCUUUAAUACCUCAUGCCAAUGGCUUUGUCUGGCUAUUGAUCUGGCUUGUUUUACAGGGCUAUCGCGAUUGUCAGCCCGAGCACUGAAUCUGAGCACAACGUGAUGAGGGGAUGUCUGACGUGCCGUCAGCGCCAUAUCAAAUGUGAUAAGACCGAGGACCAGUGCCUUCGCUGUCGACGAUCGGGACGAGAGUGCAUACCUGCGCCUACGAGACAAGAAGAAGUCACUUUUCGCCAUGGCCAGAACCCUUCGCUGCGACCUAGCGGUCCCCCGCGAUACGGAGAAAGCGACCUCGUGUUUCCAACCGAUCAAGUGUGGGUUCCGUUUCCAACUCAAGUUUCUUUCGAAGAUGAGACGGAUCGGACAGCGGCAGAUUAUCGCGUGGUGCCCCUCGAUGGUUCGCCCUUCGAUCUGAAACAUGCGCCCGAAAACUCUCCUCCAUCGCCCAACGGGGCACAACAUUUAUCAUCAGCCUCGCAUCCGCCUCAUUCAUCGAGAGUCGCAGGCUCGUCUCGAGCCCGUUCAGCUCAGCGCCUGGUUUUCCCGCUCAGAGCCUUCCCGUCUCCAGAUUUCGCCAGCACGCAGAAGCUGCGAAAUUUCAACGAAGCUUUCCUCCUUCGAUAUUUCCGGAAGACACUCGGUCCCUGGCUAGACGUUUGCGAUGACCAAAGUCACUUUUCCGUGGAUGUGGCCGAACGAGCACCUUCACACCCUCUCCUAUUGUACGCGUGUCUUGCCAUCUCAGCGCGUCACCUCUCCUACACGAAUCAUGCAGUACCUCCGGAGACUGCCGAUGAAUACCAUGAACGUUGCAUCCGAAUUCUCAAGUCGGUCCUGGAGAAUAGAGACUUUGGCAUCAGCAUCGAGAUACUCCUUACUUCCACCGUAAUAUUGCGGUUCUUCGAGCAAAUAUCCUCUCACAGCCCUUCAAACGACCUCCAGAGUCACCUUCUCGCCGGAUCCGUAUAUAUCAGCUCUCAACUGGACUGCGCAGUAUCUGGAGGACUUGCAGAAGCCUCUUUCUGGGUGUUCGUGAUGCAGGAUAUACAAUUCGCUCUAAUGUAUCAAAGACCUUUGCGUUUGACUCUGAGUCCAUUUGCAGAGAAGCUAUACCAUGCAUGGCAGCAUAGGACAACUCAGGAUGACCGAGAAUGGACGCACAAGGCCAUUUGGCUCCUCGCUGAGACGAUCAACUACUGCUACGAGGCGAACAACUCAAUGCACAUAGAAGCGAUUGAUGGGAGUGCUUUGAGACAGCGAAUUGGCACUUGGGAAGCAACGAGACCAGAUACGUUCAAGCCUUUACACUAUUCGAGGCCAGAUUUUGGACGUGGAAGGCCCUUUCCGUUCAUUUGGUUCACCAAUUCACUGCACGCUGCUGCGAUACAAUACAUCUCCAUAGCAAAGGCCUUGUUCCAGCAGCAUGAACUUCAGGCCUUACAAUCGUCACCGCAAUUUCGAGAGGGCAUCCAGAUGAUCGAGGACGAGAUUAUCCUCAAUCUUGAAGUCAUAUUUGGCAUAGCUCUGUCGGCAGAGAACGACCCAGCGCUGCGGAUUAUGGCAGGGCAUACACUCUGCGCUUGCGGUAUAUGGAUCCGUGACCCGUUGGCUCAGACAUGCCUACUAGAUUUUCUGCGCAGGACCGAGGCUGAGAAUGGGUGGCCUUGGGCAUUUGUUGUACAAAAGCUCAGCCAAGAUUGGCAGCAUACUGCGAGAUGAGGCCAAGGUAUCAAAAUCCUCGGUAUAAGUGCUUUCGCUGC